AAUAACAGAAACUUUUAAUAAUAAUUUUUGACUUUUAAAAUAAUUCUCAAUAAAAUGGAUGAUAAAACACUGCAGAAACAUUACGAGCGCAUUAUGCGUGAGUUGGAGAACGAGAAGCUACUGACCUUCGACGAGUUGGUUAAUAUUACCAAGAUUCGUCCGGAAGUUCUUAAAAGAACUAUCCCUGUCCUGGCACGUGGCCUUUGCUAUUACCAACAGCAGAAGGAAGAGUUAUUAUUAGAAGAUGAGGACAUAGAUGAACACUGGACUGUGCAGGAUAUGCAAGAUAUAGUCGCUUUCGAGGAGAAGAGAGAUCAGGCCAUGCAGAAAUAUCACAAGGAGAAGGUUAAAAAACAAUUAAAAAUUAUUGAAAACAAAGAAAACAUUGACUUUGAAGACAAGGAACUCACUAAUGAGAGUGAUGAUGAUGAAAAAGAUGUUUUCUCUGAUUUUGAUGAUAAUCUAUAUAUCAAUGAUAAUCCAAAUUUUGAGAAGAACGAUGGGAUUGUGAGCUUCGAAGAUCUAGUAAAGCUCACUGGAACUCAUCCAUUUUAUCUGGAAAGAUGUCUUUGCCACCUCGCCAUAUUGGCGGAGACUGAAAAUUAAGACCAGACAUCUUUUUUGGUUAUUCCUAUUUAACACUUAAAUUCUAUCCAGAAUUUGUGGUUUAUGUUAAGCCUAUAAUAUUUUUAUAU